AUGCUUAAUCUCCUCUCCUCCAGAUACUCUACUCGGCUUAAGGCUUCUCUUCUCUCACGCCGUCACUCUUUCGCGUCGUCCUCCUCCACUACCUCACCAGCUUCGUCCUCUCCAAGAAAGUAUGUAUCUUCCUCACUCUCCGGAGGUAUACUGGAUCGAUACUCGCUUUCUCUUGGUGGGUCAGCGAAGGCUUCAUCUUCUCCUCUAAAGGGCUUGCUUUUGGACCUGUCCGAUGCGGUUCCCGACAUCACCCGCAGAUUCAGAAGAUUCCACGGCCUAAAACCCGAACAAGUCCUCGAACUGCUUCUGGGUUUCGAAUCCGAGCUUCAGAGAUGCGGAAAGGUCCAACCUUUAUGGAAUAUUUUCAGAUGGGCUAGUAAGCAGCACAAAGGGUUUAAGCACCAUCCCAAGUCUUACGAGAUCAUGGCGUCGUUGCUUAUCAGAGAAGGAAUGGUUAAGGAAGCUGAGCUCUUGCUGUUGGAAAUGGAGAAGGACGGAGAGACGUUGGAUAACGAGGUGGUUUUCUGCGAUUUGAUUCAGAAGUAUUUAGAUGGUUUUGAUUCGAGGAAGGCGGUUAUGUUGUUUGAUUGGAUGAGGGGUAAGGGUUUAGUGCCUUUGAGUUCGUGUUAUGAGUCUCUGAUUGAUCAUUUGGUUGGAGUUUGUAAAACGGAAUCAGCUUAUAGAGUUUGUUUAGAUUGGGUUGAGGCAAAGGAUGAAUCAUUUGAUAGAUUUGAUAAAGUUAUUGAGUUACUCUGCUUGGAUCAGAGGGUUCAGGAAGCUAGAGUUCUGGCGAGUAAGCUUAGUAACCAAACUAGCUCUAUAUAUAGUAAGAUUUGUUUAGGGUAUAACGAGAAGCAGGACUUUGAGGAUCUGCUGAGUUUCAUCCGUGAGGUUAAGUACAAACCUGAUGUGUUCGUUGGGAACAGGAUAGUGCAUUCUCUCUGCAAGAGGUUUGGCUCGGAGAGAGCUUAUGUAUACACGGAGGAGCUUCAAAGCUUGGGGUUCAAACCCGAUGAGGCCACGUUCGGGAUCUUGAUCGGCUGGUGCUGUCACGAAGGAGAUCUCAAAAGAGCGUUUCUUUACUUAUCCGAGAUUGCGUCAAAGGGUUUAAAGCCUGAUGUGUAUAGCUACAACGCUGUCUUAAGCGGGCUUUUUAGAAAAGGACUGUGGGAGCAUACCGGUUGUAUUGUGGAGGAGAUGAAGGAGAACGGAGUGUUGCUGGGGUCGUCGACGGUUAAGGUAAUGGUGGCUGGAUACUGCAAAGCGAGACGGUUUGAAGAAGCUAAGAAGAUUGUUAAGGAAGCAUCUAAAGUUGAAGAAGCUUUUAGUUUAGUGGGGUUUGAUCCUUUAGCCGUUAGAUUGAAGAGAGACAAUGGUAAUGGACUCUCAAAAGCAGAGUUCUUCGAUGAGCUUGGGAAUGGACUAUACUUGGAUACUGACUUGGAUGCUUACGAGGAGAAGGUGAACAUGGUUCUUGACAGAUCCGUCUUACCUGAGUUUAACUUGCUUAUCGUUGGAGCUUGUGAAGACGGUGAUUUACACAGAGCGUUGAGUCUUCUUGAUGAGAUGCCUUGUUGGGGUCAGAAGCUAUCUCGUAGAGGCUUCACUGUUUUGAUGAAGAGUCUCUGCGUGUCCCGUUCUUAUGUGAGAGUGAGUGUUAGCCUAAUGAGGAAAUGGCCGAAGCUGGCUAAUCAGUUAGACGGAGAGACUCUCAACUUUCUUGUCCGAGAGUAUUGCAAGAAGGGACUUAGUCGCCAGAGCAAACUCAUUUUCCAUAGAAUGUCUCAUCAAACGCAUCUUCCUAUCGAUAACGAAACUUACACAUCUCUGAUAAGUUGUUUCUGCAAGAAAGAAUCACUCAAGGAUCUACUCAAUGUGUUGGACGCUGCAAAAAAGGCUAACUGGUUACCUGAUUUGGAAACUUGCGGAACUCUAUGGGAAUGUCUCCUCCAGAAAGGACUUGUGAAGGAAGCGGUUAAGCUCUUUGACCGUGUAUUCACAUCGCAGUCAGAAGCUUGUAGGAUUUUUAUGGAGAAGCUCACUGUUUUAGGGUAUUCUCGUGUGGCUUACUCUGUUGUGGAGAGACUUGAAGGAGAAGGUUACGUUGUGGAGGAAGAGGUUUACAACCUUCUCAUCAAGGGACUAUGUAAAGAUAGGAAUGAUUCAGCUGCAUUUGCUGUACUAGACAAAAUGCUAGAGAAGAAACACGUUCCUAGCUUGUUAGAUUCAUAUGCUUUGAUAGAAGGACUAUGCUUAGCUGGGAAGAUGUCUGACGCAGAGAAUCAGUUAAGAACAAGAUUAUCAAAUGGUGUUUCCUUAGAUAACGAUAUCUACAGUUUGAUGUUUGGAGGUUACUGUAAAGGUAACAACUUGAGGAGAGUUGAGGAAGUACUAGGAAUCAUUGUGAGGAAGAACGUGAUCGUUUCUGUGAAGAGUUACAGAGAAUACAUUCAGAGAAUGUGUUCAGAGCGGAAGUUUCUUUUUGCAAUGAGUCUGUUGUUGCUAGGAGAAAGCAAUCCUCACGGUGUAAUCAUCUACAAUCUAUUAAUUUUCUAUCUGUUUAGGGAUAAGAAUCAUAAGGAGGUUGAGAAAGUUUUGCUUGGAAUGCAAGGAAGAGGAUUGUUGCCUGAUGAAGCAACGUUUAACUUUCUUGUUUACGGAUACUAUUCCUGUGGAGACUAUUUGAAUUCUCUGAGAUAUCUCUCGGCUAUGAUCUCUGAAGGGAUGAAACCGAAUAAGCGGAGCUUAAGAGUGGUUAUCAGUUCUCUGUGUGAGAGUGGAGAUGUGAAGAAAGCUAUGGACUUGUGGGAGGUGAUGGAGUCAAAAGGAUGGAGCUUUGUUUCUUCUGUUGUUCAAACCAAGAUUGCUGAAUCCUUAAUUUCGAGAGGUGAUGUGGCAAAAGCUGAAGACUUUCUGACUUGUGCGACACGCAAUGGUUGCAUGAUGGCUCCCAGCUACGAUAACGUCAUCAAGAAGCUAUCUGGUUUAGGGAGUCUCGGCGUAGCGGUUCAACUCUUGAACAUAAUGCUAAAGAACCGGAAGAUUCCGGAUUCUUCGAGCUAUGAUUCAGUCAUCAAUGGGUUGUUGAGAUGCAGCAGCAACAAGUUGGAUGAAGCUAGGGACUUUCAUACGGAGAUGUUGGAGCUAGGUCUGAGUCCAAGCGUAAGUACGUGGAGUGGUCUUGUUCAUAAGUAUUGCGAAGCGUGUCAAGUGUUGGAAUCAGAGAGACUUAUCAAAUCAAUGUUUGCGUUAGGUGAAACGCCGAGUCAGGAGAUGUUUAAGGUUGUGAUUGAUCGGUUUAGAGUUGAGAAUAAUACGGUGAAAGCUUCGGAGAUGGUGGAGAUGAUGCAGAAGUGUGGCUAUGAAGUUGAUUUUGAGACUCAUUGGUCUUUGAUAAGUAACAUGAGCUCUUGUAAGGAGAAGAAGACAGAAGCUGGCCAAGGGUUCUUGUCUAGGCUUCUCUCUGGGAAUGGGUUUUCUUGGAAGCGAUAACAAAUUUUGAAACUCAAGUUAAGAUCUUGUACAGUAGCUGCUCUUUGUUGGUGAUGGAACAUUAAUGUAUGUUUUAUCUUAGUUACUACUACUUGUCGUCUUUGGUUCAAGUUGUCUCAAUUGUUAAUUUACUCUUUUGAAGGUGACUUUUCAAGGGAUUUGAUCCGUCACUCACUACUCAACCUCAUAUAUUAAGUUUAUAGUCCUUUUGACAAUUGA